UCACCACCCAUAGACAUCACUCCACCGCUAGUAGCCUACUCGGAGCAUUCCUCUUCGUUCCGUCCACAUGCAUUCGUUCUCGUUUCACUAAAGGAGGUGUAGUUUGUCCGAUUGCUACUGCUAAAAGGGGUUGGACAAAAAUAUUUUCCAUCUUGAACAAUUGCAAUAGCUUCGCAACAUGGCGUCAAUAGGAGAUUUCGACCCGCUCAAUGCUUCCAUCCCUGCCACCAAAGUUGAAAUCACAGUGUCUUGCAGAAAUCUGCUGGACAUGGACACCUUCUCCAAAUCAGACCCAAUAUGCGUUCUGUACACACAAGGCAUCAGCAAUAAGGAGUGGAGAGAGUUUGGAAGGACAGAGGUGAUUGAAAACACACUCAACCCAGAGUUUGUUCGUAAAUUCAUCUUGGAUUAUUUCUUUGAGGAACGACAGAAUCUGAGAUUUGACCUGUACGACGUCGACUCAAAGAGCGCCAACCUGUCGAAACAUGACUUCCUUGGCCAGGCGUUCUGUACAUUGGGAGAGGUGGUGGGAUCGCUGGGUAGCCGCAUGAAGAAACCUCUCGUGGGCCUUCCUGGAAAGAAGUGUGGAAACAUCAUUGUUACGGCAGAAGAGAUGGGAAACUGCAGGGAGUCGGUGAUGAUGCAGUUCUGCGGGAAUAAACUGGACAAGAAAGAUUUCUUCGGCAAGUCGGACCCUUUCCUCGUCUUCUACCGCAGCAAUGAAGACGGAACGUUCACAACCUGCCAUAAGACAGAGGUGGUGAAGAACACACUGAACCCAGUGUGGCAGGCCUUCAAGAUACCCGUCAGAGCACUCUGCAAUGGAGACUACGACAGAACGAUCAAGAUAGAAUGCUACGACUGGGACAGAGAUGGAAGCCAUGACUUCAUAGGAGAGUUCAGUACCAGCUACAGAGAGCUAUCCAGAGGCCAGUCCCAGUUCAAUGUGUAUGAGGUGGUAAAUCCAAAGAAGAAAGGAAAAAAGAAAAAAUACCUAAACUCUGGAACGGUAACACUGCUCUCAUUCCUGGUGGAUAUAGAGGUCACCUUCCUCGACUACAUCAAAGGAGGAGUGGGCCAGGGCGGGACCCAGAUUAAUUUCACAGUGGCGAUUGAUUUCACCGCUUCAAACGGCAACCCAACGCAGCCCACCUCCCUCCACUACAUGAGUCCCUACCAGAUGAAUGCCUACGCUAUGGCCAUGAAGGCUGUAGGGGAGAUCAUCCAGGACUACGACAGUGAUAAGAUGUUCCCUGCUUUGGGCUUCGGAGCCAAGCUGCCCCCCGACGGACGGGUCUCACAUGAGUUCGCCCUGAAUGGCAACCCCCAAAACCCAUACUGUGCAGGUAUAGAUGGAGUGAUGGAGGCAUAUUACCAGAGCCUGAAGUCUGUCUGCCUCUACGGCCCAACCAACUUCUCUCCUGUUAUCAACCAUGUGGCCAGGUAUGCUGCGUCGGUGAAGGAUGGCUCUCAGUACUUCAUCCUCCUCAUCAUCACAGAUGGAGUCAUCUCAGACAUGGCCCAGACCAAGGAGUCCAUCGUCAACGCUUCAUGUCUUCCAAUGUCGAUUAUCAUUGUAGGGGUGGGACCAGCAGAAUUUGAUGCGAUGAUUGAGUUGGACGGGGAUGAAGUGAGGAUCUCGUCGAAGGGACGAUAUGCAGAGAGGGACAUUGUUCAGUUUGUCCCAUUCAGAGACUACACCGACCGGACAGGGAAUCACAUCCUGAGUAUGGCCCGUCUAGCCAAGGAUGUCCUGGCUGAGGUCCCUGACCAGUUCCUCUCCUACAUGAGGAUCAGAGGCAUCAAGCCCUCGCCCGCACCCCCUCCAUACACCCCCCCAGGACACCCCCUGCAGACGCAGAUCUGAAGGGUGCGGAGAUGCCCCCUGGUCCUGUACAACACCUCUUCAAAUAUGUAUUUGUCUCUCUCCUCUCUGCAUCACUCGCUCAGUGAUAGGACAGGCCUUCUUGGAUUUCUCUCUCUCUCUCAUUGCACUAAUGGAGACUGACUGACUGGCAGAAUGAAUGGCAGGGUUCUCUAAGUUUUUACUGAGCGGUUCUAAAGGGUUCUACGUUGGAACGGGCGGAUGGAGUCAACAAGGGCAUGUUUACUUUCAUUGUCAAGCGUUCCUCUGUCUGGACUUCGUGUGUAUCGGCCAAUGGAGACACUCUCUGGGACACACCCGGGAAGAUGGACAGAGUCUGGUCUUCCCAACUCACCUGGCAAGGAAUGAAGGAUUUAAGGAAAGAAGGAGGGAUGACGGGAGGAUAGGAAGGAAGUUCCUGGGGACUGGCCUAUUUCAGGAGCAGAGUGGUGAAAAGGUUCUAUAGUCUGGAUGUGGUAUCGCUUGACUGUUGUAAAUACCUGGAAAUAUAUUUCCUUCUCUCAUUCUAUCUCUCUCUACUCUGUCUCUCUAUUCUUCCAACUCUCACUCAAUGUUUACAGUACAUGUUAAUGAUAAUGAUUUUUACCAUUGGACACUUGUAUAAUAUACAGUACCAGUCAAAAGUUUGGACACAUCUACUCAUUCAAGGGUUUUUCUUUAUUUUGACUAUUUUCUACAUUGUAGAAUAAUAGUGAAGACAUCAAAACAAUGAAAUAACACAUAUGGAAUCAUGUAGUAACCAAAAAAGUGUUUAAAAAAUCUAAAUAUAUUUGAGAUUCUUCAAAUUAGCCACCCUUUUCCUUGAUGGCAGCUUUGCACACUCUUGGCAUUCUCUCAACCAGCUUCAUUUGUUGGCUGCUUUUCCUUCACUCUGCGGUCCAACUCAUCCCAAACCAUCUCUAUUGGGUUGAGAUUGGGUGAUUGUGGAGGCCAGGUCAUCUGAUGCAGCACUCCCUCACACUCCUUCUUGGUCAAAUAGCACUUACACAGCCUGGAUGUGUGUUGAGUCAUUGUCCUGUUGAAAAACUAAUCAUAGUCCCACUAAGCGCAAACCAGAUGGGAUGGAGUAUCGCUGCAGAAUGUUGUGGUAGCCAUGCUGGUUAAGUGUGGCUUGAAUUCCAAACAAAUCACUGACAGUGUCACCAGUAAAGCACCCCCACACCAUCACACCUCCUCCUCCAUGCUUCAUGGUGGGAACCACACAUGCGGAGAUCCUCCGUUCACCUAUUCUGCGUCUCACAAAGACACGGCGGUUGGAACUAAAAAUCUCACAUUUGGACUCCACAGGUCUGAUGUCCAUUGCUCAUGUUUCUUGGCCCAAGCAAGUCUCUUCUUAUUAUUGGUGUCCUUUAGUUUCUUUGCAGCAAUUCAACCAUGAAGGCCUGAUUUCAUGCAGUAUCCUCUGAACUAUUGAUGUGUCUGUUACUUGAACUCUGUGAAGCAUUUAUUUGGGAUGCAAUUUCUGAGGCUGGCAACUAAUGAACUUAUCUGGGUCUUCCUUUCCUGUGGUGAUCCUCAUGAGAGCCAGUUUCAUCAUGGCGCGUGAUGGUUUAUGCGACUGCAUUUGAAGAAACUUUCAAAGUUCUUGAAAUGUUUCGUAUUGACUGACCUUCAUGUCUUAAAGUAAUGAUGGACUGUCGUUUCUCUUUGCUUAUUUGAGCUGUUCUUGCCAUAAUAUGGACUUGGUCUUUUACCAAAUAGGGCUAUUUUCUGUAUACCACACCUACCCUGUAACAACACAACUGAUUGGCUCAAACGUAUUAAGAUGGAAAGAAAUUCCACAAUAUAGCUUUUAACACACCUGUUAAUUGAAAUGUAUUCAAGGUGACUACCUCAUGAAGCUGGUUGAGAGAAUGCCAAGCAAACACUGUACACUUAGAAAGGAUUAGAUAUAUUCUGAACAAUAAAUUAUUAACAUUUGAUCAGAUCUGGCAGCCUUUCCUCUCUUACUUGGACCAUUCGGCGCUGUGAAUUUGUACUUUUUAACGCACUCUCCAUUGUAAUAUUUUAAUCCACCUCUGGGCAGCACGUGCUGGCACCGCCACCCGAGCAGCGGGGAGGGGUAUAAGGGGAAGGGAUA